CAAAGCAAGUAGUUUUUGUUUUAUUUAUCUCUAGUCAGACGCACCAAAACCGGCAAAGAAUUCAAUCUUGUUGCAGCACUUAAAGAACGGGGAAUUUUUCUUAUACUGGACGAUUAUAUUUGUCGUUUACAACUGACACAACAAAGAAAAUUCAUUUUCUCACAUCAAACCAAUAACAGCCUGAUCAAUACAUGGGUAAAGUCUUUUCUUUCUUGAAAUUUGGCUGGCGGUCAGGUUCAGUGAGUCAGCACUUGAAAAAAGGGAAUCGUUGUAUAAAUAAUGGCGAUUAUGAACCAGCAAUUGAACACUAUAUACAAUGUUUGAGACCUCCAAGCAAGAAUAGCUUCAAAAUGAUGGCUUAUUUUGGUGCUGGCAACGCUUGUGUCCUCUCUGAUAAAUGGGAGGAUGGAUUGAACUGUUUUGAUGAAUGCUUAAAGAUUUCUUCAAAAGUGAAACGUAAAUUUUGUCAACAUCAAGUUUAUCUUGGCCUAGGAAAUAUCGAUUCUACCACUGAAAGAUUUGUGGACGACCUGAAGAAAAAUAAAAUGGUCUGUCUUUGCCAUAUUGCAUUGGGAGGAUUGAACAAGCGGCUUGGAAAUUAUGAGAAAUCUUUGGAGCAUUAUAGAAAAGGAUUCUUUCUUAUUGAUUGUCAACACCAAGAAAAUCAACAGGAACUAGAAAAAGAACCAAAGAAAGUUGAUGGUAUUAACAUUAGUAAAGAUUUCAUCGACCACAACAUGAAGAACUUGUCAGUUAUUACUUCAACUAAAAUCAUGAAUGGAGUGUUAGUUGUUUAUCGGGAAUUAGCAGAAUUGUUUGAAAAACUUAAUAGAUGGGACGAGGCGACUUGUAUUUACAAAAUAUAUAUGGAGGUGGCCACUGAAGAUGAUGAUGUACAAGAACAAAGGAAUGCUAUGGUGUGUUUAAUACGAAUAUACGGAAAAGAUGGGCGUGAUAACUUGAGGGAGUCAGUACAAUUGAAAUUACAAGAACUAGAUAAUAAAAAAAAUAAUGCAGAAUUGCAGUUGUUGGAGUGGAAAUGCGUUGAUGAAUCAACUAAACAUAAUCAAUUGUUUCUAAAAAUGAUUAAUUAUGGACAAGAUCCCAAAGUCAAGGUUGAAUAUAUAAGCGAUGUGCGUGUAAUUUUCUCCGGAGAAUUUUGCAUCGGCAAAGGAAGUGAUGGAACUCGUGUUUAUCUUGGACUGGGAAAAGAUGGCUAUGGAAAAGCAGUGAAACGAAUACCUCGUGAUAUCUGCAUUAGGCUUACACAACAAGAAAAGAAAAUUUUCAAAGAAUUCAUCGAAAAAAAAUCGAAUGAUGUUGUGAAUUAUUUUUACUUAGAAGAAGACAUUACAUCAGAAUAUGUUUAUUUAAUACUCGACCUGUGUGAAGAAUCGCUGGAGGAUUUUGUGCAAUCGGAAUCAAAUAGUUUGGCUUAUCUUAAAAAAUCGCUUCCCAAAAUUCUCAGACAAAUUUUAAAAGGUUUAGCUCAUCUUCACAGCGAGCCACAUCCUGUUCUUCAUCGAGAUUUAAAGCCUUCCAAUGUUCUCCGAGAUGCUCAAGGCAAAUUUCUGAUAGCUGACUUUGGUAUCAGUCGAAUACUGAAAAGUGAAUAUAAUACAUUUAAACACGGCCUUAUUUGGGGAUCUGAUUAUUGGGUUACUCCCGAAUCGUAUUGUCCGGAUGAUGGGUCGAUUAAAAAGUCAAAUUACAAAAAAGAGUCUGAUGUAAUGAACGCAGGAAUGGUUGCUUUUUAUGUUGCAACAAAAGGGAAACAUCCUUUUGGAGAUCGAACGACAAGACUGCAAAACUUGUCAAAUGGAAACCCUGUUGAAUUGAAAAACAUAGUAGAUGUCGAACUUAAAGAUAUUCUUUCGUGGAUGCAACAAUUGAAACCAGAACUCAGACCAUCUGCCAACGAGGCGUUAAAACACCCUUAUCUACAAUCCGAUGAAUGUAAGUUUGACUUGAUGUGUGAUGCGGGAAGCCAACCCGAGAUAGAGAUACCAUAUUUAGGUCAUCCUCUCAACUCAAAUGUCCAUGAGCAGUUAAAUGGGCUAAAAAAUUGGAAGGAUCGUAUUGAUCCUGAAGUCUUUAGUAAUUUCAAUGUGGGACAUUACGAUGCUACAUGGUUGGGUUGCUUGAAAUUUAUACAAAAUGUUCACCAGCAUUGGAAUGAUGUACCUCGUCCAAAACGGCUUCAAAGUGAUGGUAAUUAUAAAACGUUUUUCCUGCAAGUUUUUCCAGAGCUUCCUCUUUUGGUGAACAGAAUUAUAAGAUUAAAUGAAUGGAAGUCAAAACCAGAUCUCGAAGAACACUUUUCAAAAUUGCAGUUGCAAGAAUGGAAAUACAUUGGUGAAUCAACAAAACAUGAAAAAUUGUUCUUACAAAUGAUUGAGUACAGGCACAAUCCCGUUGUUAAAGUCAAAUAUUUGAAUGAUGUACGCGUAAUUUUCUCAGAGGAAUUUUGCAUUGGCAAAGGAAGUAAUGGAACCCGUGUUUUUCUUGGACUGGGAAAGGAUGGUUACGGUAAAGCGGUGAAACGACUACUUCGUGAUGAAUGUAUCAAACUAGCACAACAAGAAAAGGACAUUUUUAAUGAAAUCAAAGCAAAAAAGUCGAAGUAUGUUGUGAGUUAUUCCUACUUAAUAGAAGACACGGGAACAGAGUAUGUCUAUUUAGUACUAGACCUAUGUGAAGAAUCGCUGAAGGAUUUUGUGCUUUCCGAAUUAAAUAGUUUGGCUUAUCUUCAAAAAUUGCUUCCCAAAAUUCUUAGACAAAUUUUAAGAGGAUUAGCUGAUCUUCACAGAGAUCCGCGUACAAUUCUUCAUCGGAAUUUGAAGCCUUCUAAUGUUCUUCGAAACGCUGAAGGAACAUUUCUGAUAACUGACUUUGGUAUUAGUCGCAUUUUGAAAAGUGAUUACGCGACAUUAAAAAGCAAUGCUAACAGGGGAACUCAGUAUUGGAUUGCUCCUGAAUCAUAUAGUGCUGGUGAAGAUUCAUUUGAUAAAACACGUUACAAAAAAGAGUCGGAUGUAAUGAACGCAGGAAUGGUGGCUUAUUAUGUUGCAACGAAAGGAAAGCAUCCUUUUGGAUCUUUAAAGAAUAGACUUCCAAACUUGUUGAAUGGAAAUCCUGUCGGAUUGAACGAAAUCAAGGAUGCUUCACUCAAAGAUCUUCUGUCGCGGAUGCUACAACAAAAACCGGAAGACAGACCAUCUGCUGACGAGGCGUUAAAACACCCUUAUCUACAGUCUGAUAAUGAAAAAUUUGGCACAAAAUAAAUGAGCAGUCAAAUUUAAAUACACCAUAUUUUAUACACUCAAAUAUAUGAGAAAACAAGUAAAAAAUAGAAACAACUUGCAUACUUUUUAAUGUAAUACGUUUAUGGACAGAUCCAUUGUUGUUGUUUUUUAUUUCAACGAUGUCAGGUAGUUCUUUGUGCGUUGGUCAAUAUCCAAUACCAACGAUUUAUAUAAAGUAUUGAUUCUAACAGAAAAUAUUUUUAGAUGUUUAUAUUAAGCCUGCACUGUCAAUUGUACUCAUACACUUGUGAAUAAAAAUAAGUUUGAACUUUUAAAAAAUGUAAAAAAAACGUAGUUAUUCUGACAUAUGUUUUCACAUAUCAUUUGCUUUUGCAAUUCUAACAAAUAGUGUUAUUCUGUA